GGGAAACAGUCGUUGGGAAAUCGUCACGGUGUGCGCAUCAACGUGAAUCCGCAGCGGAAAAGUGCGAGGAAACGGGAGAGACUCUGAUUCGGCUCGACUCGUAUUGGGAACUCCGUGCGCCCGAGUUACCCAGAACGGCCAGAAUAAGGCACAGUGCCAAAUGCUCUGACAAAUAAUUGUUGUAAUAAUCUGCGGGAUUCGGAAAUGCAAGCCGCAUAAAAUUUUAAAUUAAAAUCGCAAAGUGAACAGCCAAAAGUUUAAGUUUUUGCCAGUGCCAAGGAGAAACUCUUAAAGGCUUCAAAUAAAUAAACAAAAUAAACUCCAAGACCCUAGAGCUACCUAAAAGGACAUCCCGAUCCGAAGAUGGGCCCCAACUGCCUGACAAUUGGAUUACUUCUGGCCCUGGUCGCCAGUGGCCAGGCCCACCUAAACAUCUUCCUGAACUUGCACGAGGUGUUGCGUUUAAUCGGCGUCUCUGCUGAGUUAUAUUACGUGCGUGAGGGAGCCAUCAAUGACUACGCCCUGAACUUUGCCGUGCCCGUGCCGGCUAACAUCAGCGAUGUAACCUUCACCUGGCAGUCGCUGGUGGAGCAUCCAUUGCCCUACAGCAUCAACAUAGCCACCUCGGACACGGAGGUGCUGCCACGGCCCCAGUUGAAUAUCUCCCGUAUUGGGGAUGUGCCAAUGGAGCCGCAGACCUGGGGCAUUGCUCUGAAAUGCUCAGGAACCAGAAAUGCCGAGGUUACCGUAACCAUUAACGUUGAGGUGAUCCUGGACCGGGCAACCAAUAACAACACGAACCUGAUAUUCAAGCGCAAGAAGAUAUGCUUGCGGGAGGAGCAGGACAGUGCCCACGAGGAGUACGAUGACGAUGAUCUGGAUGUGCUACAGCCGGCGUUGGGAGGACACAACAGCGACAUCCACUAUGUGGAUCGCAAUGAAGAGCAUGUGGUGGCCAAUGGACACCUGUCACCGGAACGGGAGAAGGACAAGAAGCGCCCGGUGAUCACGGAGGCGCCGGUGAAUGUGGGUCGUGGCAAUUCCGGAGGCUCCAAACGGGACUUUGAUCCCAUGCUGAGGGAGAAUCUUGUGCCGCCGGCUAGUGGUGUGAUCACCCUUAUCGUUGGCGGUAUACUGGCUCUGGUGCUGGUCUCCACCCUCAUACUGAUAGCCUACUGUGCCAAGGGUCCCUCCAAGCGACAUCCCUCGAAUGGAGUGCACCUGAUCAAGACCUCUAGCUUCCAGCGACUUCCCACAAUAUCCUCGACUGCCCACAACUCGAUCUACGUCUGCCCCUCGACCAUUACACCCACAUACGCGACUCUGACGCGGCCCUUUCGCGAAUAUGAGCAUGAGCCUGAGGAGUUCAACCGCCGUCUCCAGGAGCUUACAGUCCAGAAGUGCCGGGUCCGGCUCUCCUGCCUCGUCCAGGAGGGAAACUUUGGGCGCAUCUAUCGCGGCACUUACAAUGACUGCCAGGAGGUACUGGUCAAGACCGUGGCCCAGCACGCCAGCCAGUUGCAAGUAAAUCUCCUGCUCCAGGAGUCCAUGAUGCUGUACGAGGCCUCACACCCGAACGUUCUCUCUGUUCUCGGCAUCUCUAUUGAGGACUAUGCCACGCCCUUCGUGCUCUAUGCCGCCACCGGAAGUGUGAGGAAUCUGAAGAGCUUCCUGCAGGAUCCGUCAUAUGCCAGGAGCGUGACCACCAUUCAGACAGUACUGAUGGCCUCACAGCUGGCCAUGGCCAUGGAGCAUUUGCACAACCACGGGGUUAUCCACAAGGACAUUGCGGCCAGGAACUGUGUAAUCGAUGAUCAGCUGCGCGUAAAGCUCACAGAUAGCGCCUUGAGUCGGGACCUCUUCCCGGGCGACUACAACUCGCUGGGCGAUGGGGAGUACCGACCCAUCAAGUGGCUCUCGCUGGAGGCCUUGCAAAAGUCGCAUUACAACGAGGGCAGCGACGUCUGGUCCUUUGGGGUCCUUAUGUGGGAGAUGUGCACUUUGGGCAAGCUGCCCUACGCUGAGAUCGAUCCCUACGAAAUGGAGCACUAUCUAAAGGAUGGCUAUCGGCUGGCCCAGCCCUUCAACUGCCCCGAUGAGCUAUUCACUAUUAUGGCUUAUUGCUGGGCCUCGAUGCCGGCCGAACGACCCUCGUUCAGCCAGCUGCAGAUCUGCCUAUCGGAGUUCCACACUCAGAUCACCAGAUAUGUUUAACCAGCGGUGCUGAAGCAUGCCAAGACCUGUAAAUACAACAAGAGGCGGCGUCGCAAGAUUUUCCAGCAGACCACCUCGUCCACUCUGUUCCCAAAGACAUAUUUAAAAGGUAGCGCUUAGAUAUAUAUAGGGACUAGCAGCCAUCUUACUGGAGAGAUACCCAACCGUAAGCAAGUGAGCCAGGAGUUGGAUGGAGAGGACAAAGGUGACACAGUUGUUCGAAAGACUCUCCAUCCGAACUCUCCUCUAAAUAACUCUUAGCUGUAGGUUAGUUAGUAAGGACAUGUGACAUUUCAAUGCAAGAACUAGGAUUACGCAACAGAACUAUACACCAAUUGAAUUUCCCUGUUAAGAUACACUUUCUCUCGCUAAGCAGAGCAGAAGCCCAGUAAAAAAAAUUUCAACUGCGUUGCAAGAGACUAGAAAAUAUUGAUAUGGUAAUCAUUGCUAAAGCACAUACAGAAAACCCGGAAUUCCGAAGUAAGCCCGUACUAGGAUAGGUCCACAACAAAAUCGUAGUUUCAAUGAGAGCGUUGCAAGUUUGUCAUUAUAAUGGGAUACCAAUACCAAUACCGGAACAUAUAUCUAUGUAAAUGUAUUCGCGUGUAUGUAAAUGUCUAAGACCGUAGUGCUAGUACGAACUCGAAAUAUUUAUCUAAUGUUAGAGCACAAGCGAUCCCCAAACCAGAACCCCUAACCCUAAGUUAUUGCCCCUUGCAGUCUCGAGUUGUAAGUUUUUGUGUAAUAUACUUAAGCAGUUUGCAUUAGUUCUUAAGUUACUCUUAUGAUUUCUAUGGCAAAGACACAAAAGAAAAACGAUUUCAAUAAACGUCCGUGCAUAAUAUUUAAAAAACAAAA